AUGACGACUACAAGGAGUGGCGAUACUGCUAACGUAAAAGAACAAGGACUGGAGGUGACAAUAACAGCAAAUGGAGACCGCCGCACCAUUAUUAUUGUACAAAAGGAGGCAGUAGGCGUAACACAGACAAAACGGGCCCUUAAAUGGAUCAGUGGUAGUAUGGGGCGCAUGCUGUACACCUUACCACCAGAUAUGUUGAAGUUCUUGCCAUUGAUCUGUAUCUAUGUCCAAGACACUACAGAUGAUGAGCUUAAAGCUGAGUGCCAAACUGCCCUACAUCUAAUGGCCCAUACACUCCAGAGAACAGAGAAUGUUCAACAUGUACUACAUGUCAUUAAAGAGAUAUCUGGACUUGGAAUCUGGCGUGCAAGAACUGCUGUAUUGACGUUCAUCCAGGCAUUUGUCUUCUACAAUCUAUUUACUGUUCUCCAAACAGAACACCUUGACCAGAUCAAGGACGUUGUGCUCCAUCUAUUGGUGGAUGAUCAGUUGGAGGUCAGGGAAGCUGCAGCAGUGACUCUUGGUGGAUUUUUACACUGUGGAUACCUGAAGAUUGAUAAACAAAUGCUGACACACUUUGAGAAGCUAAGCAGCACAAAGGUGAAGAAACAGAAACGUCAGCAACAAGUUCCCAUCUCGAUAGAAUCCCUUAUCAAGAGGCAUGCUGGGAUACUCGGCCUGAGUGCACUUGUUCAGGCGUAUCCUUACGAUGUUCCAGAAUUUAUGCCACAAGUUUUAAUGGACCUUAGUAACCACCUAGAUGACCCACAACCAAUUCAGAUGACAGUGAAAAAGACUUUGUCAGAUUUUAGGCGUACUCAUCACGAUAACUGGCAGGACCAUAAGCAGAAAUUCACUGAUGAUCAGCUAAAAGGUAGUCUUAUAGGAGCAGGGAUGGCAGAAAAAUGGUACCAGCAUGCAACACUACCAGUUGAACAUCAUGUGACAUGGAACAGAGGAUUAUGGGGUAGCAUCUCCUCAGGGCUAUACUAUUGA